AUGAAAUUUGGUCAAACGCUAAAUGAUGAUUUGGUACCCGAGUGGAAGUCUCAAUAUUUUGAUUACAAGCAGGGCAAGAAAAAGCUGAAAAAGCUGUACAAGAAUUAUGUUUUGAAUAGAGAAAAAUUGAAGGGAGCUGAGACGCAGCUUCCUACUCAACUCAACAGUAGUCUGCCCACUGUUUCACAAAAUUCUUCUCAAAGUAAGCCGAAUCUUCCUUUUUCCAAGCUUCCCCCACCAGCGAUUGAAUCUCACAGUGGUGCCGAACAGCCAGAUCAACAAGACAAAAGAGUCGUAACUGAUACUACUCCUUUGUUGGAGCCAAUCGCUUAUACUCCACAAAAUCAGGCUGCUUCAUCGACCAGGAGAAAGUCUUUCAUAGAAAGACUUGCGAACAUCUCAGGAAUUUCUGGCAAUUCUAGUCCAAACUUCAACCCAGAUUUUGACGUGGCAUUGCAGAAUUUAGAGCAAGAUUCAAAUAAUGAGUUCAUGGAGUGGAUCGAUGAUGAGUUCGAUAAAAUUAAUACUUUCUACAAGCGAAAGGAAACUAAGUACUUGAGUCGAUUGCUGGUGCUGCAGGACCAAGUUGCUCAGCUUCGACAGCAAAAGUACAAGAAUAAGCAGAGGAUAUCAGCAAUUAGAAACCAGUUGGACGAUAAACCAAUCCAGGAUCCCAGAUUUGGCGCGUAUCGUCUGGCAUUUUACUUGGAUACCUUUGCCUUUCAUGUUCGUAAGAAGAUCUCUGAAAUCAAUCAUUUUGAGUUCCCCUCUUUGCCCAGUUGGGAUUGGGUGAAAGGUGAGAGGACCGAAAAGCAAUACUACGAAGAAGAAGAUGACGAUGAAUAUGAUGAUGCGGUGGAUUCAACAGAAGAUGAUUAUGAAAGUAAUGCUCAGGUCAACGAAAACGCAAUUGACGAUGUUACGGAUUCCUCUAAUGAGGAAAGUUCCAAUGCUGCUGCCAAUCCUCGUCGUUUGAAGGGCCCUCAAGACCCACAUUACAACAAGCAGGAUUAUGGAAAAAGAAAGAAACCCAAAAUUGUUCCAUAUUUUGUUGCUAGAAGACAAAUCAAAACGGCCAUGUUAGAACUUUACCGUGGUUUAGAAAUUCUAAAAUCCUACCGACUUUUAAACCGAACAGCUUUCAGAAAGAUGAUCAAGAAAUAUGAUAAAACCAUGAACACCCAAGAACUCCCUGCUUUCAUGGUGAAGAUCGACGAGGCUUACUUCAACAAAAGUGAUGUUUUAGAUAAUAUAAUGCAAGCUUUGGAAGCUUUGUAUGCUAAGACAUUUGAGCAUGGAAAUAGGAAAGUGGCCAUUAGUAAACUUCGCCAAAGUGAGACCCCUAGAUCAUACAAUAUGCAAGUAUUUUUUAGCUCGCUGCUUCUUGGAAUGACCAUACCUCUUCUCAUCGAUGCCAUAUACACUGCAGCUUAUAAAACUAUCACUAGGGAACUUUUGGAGGGAAAAUUUAUGAUGCAAAUUUGGGGAGGCUUUCUUCUCAUAUCUUUAAUGGGUUUGCUCAUUGGUAUCAAUUGUAUGACCUGGUCCAAAUACAAAGUCAACUACAAGUUCAUAUUUGAAUUUACUAAGGAUGCUUUGGAUUAUAGACAAUACCUUGUGUUUCCCUCUUUGUUUUUGUUCAUGGUUGCUAUAUUUGGAUGGUUGAGUUUUAGAAACUUUUGGCCCGAUCAAAUAGCGGGCAGAGACUGGCCUUGGUUCUUAGUUUCUUUUGGCCUGUUCAUUAUUUUUUGUCCUUUCAAUAUCUUUUACGCCUCUGCUCGGAGAUGGUUACUCAUUGGGCUUUGGAGAUUGAUAUGGUCGGGAUUCUAUCCUGUUGAGUUUCAAGACUUUUUUUUGGGCGACAUCUUUUGCUCUUUAACCUAUACAUUGGGUAACAUAUCGUUUUACAUCUGUCUUUAUAGUUCCAAGUGGAAAGGUGCUUUAGAUGGUACAGAUUCUACAACUUGUGGAUCAUCCCAUUCCAGGGUCAUGGGUUUCUUGGCAUCACUUCCAAGCAUUUGGAGAUUACUUCAGUGUUUCAGGCGUUUUGCGGAUACUGGCGAUUGGUUCCCUCAUCUUGCAAACUUGGCAAAGUACGCAUUAUCAACAUUUUACAACAUGACGCUCAGUAUUUAUCGUAUUGAGCCAACCAUGAGCAAUCGAGCAAUGUUUAUUACGUUUGCAACUGUUAACUCGGUGGGUUGCAGUUUUUGGGACGUAUUCAUGGAUUGGUCGUUGAUGCAAGCCAAUUCGAAACAUAUAUUUUUGCGAGAUGACCUAAUUUUUAAAGAACCAGCUAUCUAUUAUGGAGCUGUAGUUCUGAAUACUCUGCUACGUUUCCAGUGGAUUUUCUAUGCACUGUUUUCUGAGCAAAUCCAACAAUCUGCGUUUACAAGCUUUUUUAUUGCGUUAGCAGAGAUUUUCAGAAGAUUUGUCUGGAUGUUUUUCAGAAUGGAGAAUGAGCACUGUACAAAUGUGCAUCUUUUUAGAGCUUCCAGAGAAACUCCACUUCCUUAUCCAACAAUAAAACGUAAGGUUAGGGAACCAGCUCCUAUUGUGACGAUUCCUAGGAAAGCGUCUGAUAUCGAAAGCCACCGCACUACUGCUAUUUCUCGUAAGAUGUCUACUGCAACCAGGGCCAAGUCUACGACAUCAACUGAAGGUGCUCCAUUGAGCAGAACUCAAACUCUGAGACCUAUGUUGGAACAUGUUAGUAAACUGAUGAACGAGGCCCAUAUCAAAGAUUUCCAAAGAAAGAAGGUUGACCAUACGAAGAGCGAAUCACUGUCAGAUGAAGAUGAAGAUGAAGAGGAUGAAAACGACACCGAGGAAGAUCUGAUGGAAGAAGAGGUCCAAGAGUCUCUGCGGUCACAAUAA